AUGGGCCUUUUGAAGGUCAUAAGGAAGACCAAGCUCUUGGAGAAGGAGAUGCGGAUUCUCAUUUUGGGACUCGAUAAUGCCGGAAAAACGACGAUUUUGAAGAAGAUAAACUCUGAAGAUGUCUCUAAAGUUGAGCCAACGGUCGGAUUUAGCAUAAAAAGCCUCGAAUAUAAUGGGUAA